UCUAUGAAUAUAAGUUAGACGAGUGUCUCGAGUUGCCUGCGGAAGUGGGGCAGGGCGCGCGCGCUGCCGCCGCAUAUAAACUGACGCGGACUUCCUUAAACUCACUUCGCAUCGGAGCACGAACAGAGUUCAGAUCUCGAGCAGCAGUCAUGAGUUGGGACAGUUACAUCAGCAGCCUGACGAAGAGCGACUGGGUGGAUGAUGCGGUCAUCAUCGGGCACGCGGCGGGUCAGGAGUCCGUCUGGGCGUCAUCGCCCGCUGGAUGGCUCAGCAAAGUCACGCCAGCAGAAGUUCAGGCUAUUAUAGCCAAUGACCGCAGCAGUCUGUUUGCUAAUGGCGUGUCUCUGGCGGGUAGGAAGUGUACAGUGCUGAGAGACGCUCUGAAUGUGGACGGUCAGAACACCAUGGAUGUCAAGAUGAAGACCUCAGAGAAAGAGCCCGAGCCGUUUUCAUUCACCAUCGGCAAAUCUCAAAAAGCUCUAAUCAUCGCUAAAGGAGUAAAGGAUGCACAUGGAGGAAAAAUAAAUCCACCCGUCUUUGACAUGGCAGCGUACCUCAGGAAAAUGAACAUGUGAUCACACCCCACCGACCCUGCCCCUCUGGCUCCGCCCACCUCACCCUGCUGUGCCACGCCUACUUCCUCUGUCGCAUCAGACCUGAUUGUCUUAAGUUUCCAGAAGCCGAUGCGAGACGUUUGUCAGAGAGGCCUCGAGUCUUCGUCUCGCUCCAGGAGCCUUGAGUCUCUGUUUGGUCUCAUCGUCUCUUCAGUUAGGCAGUGAAACACAAACUCUAGUUUAUAUCAAAGUCGUUUAUUGGUUUUUAUCAUUGAUUAAUUUUAUGGUACUAUAGUAUUUGGCUGCGCAAGAUGGGCGGAGCGUCAUUUCAAAUGGUUUUAGCAUCUAUUUGUACAAUUGUUUGUGUGUAAUACCACUGCGGAACAAAUAAGUGAUUUCUGACUGUUAGAUUUCAAAUAAAGAGAGGAUGAGUUUCUAUGGA